AACCAAAAAUUUCUUUGAGUUCAAGCCCUUGAACUUCAAAGACCUCAAAACCUCAAUAAACCGCCUAGCCUCAAAAUUAAGAGCUGAAACAACUUUACAAAAAAUUAGAUGAAUUUGUUCUCAAGAGUAAAAAAUUUUUUUCAGCAAUAAAAAAAAUUCCACCCCCUGAACUCUUUCGGAAGACCUUAAGGAGCCCUUAAGGGACAGCCCCGACCUCAAAUUAAUAUCUAAAAAAAAUUUUUUUAAAUCCGGUAGAUUGUGACUGCUCAAUUGUUUCCAACAAUAAAAAAGCGGAAAAUUAUCUUGGACUAGCCGAGCUGCGCGCGUUUGUGAGAAUUCCCGUGGGGGUGAUUGUGGUGGGGGUUGCGGCCAGGCGCAAGUGUUGUGAGAACUACGUGAGUCAGUCGACGGUCUGCCGGCGAGCAGUGCAGAUUAGGUGGGCAUUGCGUGUUAAAAUAAAUUCAGUCGUGUGCCGGAAAUAUUUUGAGAGCUGAAUUGCAGAACAGAGCGUAAGAUAAAUCGAGUGAAUAAUUUUUUUUUUAAUUACCCGAGGGGUCCCUGUGACAACUAGACUGGGGGAUCUGUCGAUCGGCGACGGAAGAACAAAAUAAACAAUUUGUGGAGAGAUAUAAGAGGCGGACCCGGGUUUACACCGGGUUACUAUCGGUAUACACUACGAGGAUUAUCGAUCGUAUUUGACCCACGAACUAAAACUGCUUCUACGAACGGGCAAGUGGACUUAUUCAACGAAUUCCGAAUUUUGUUAAAUUUUUUUUGUUUUUUUUCGGGGGGGUGCUGAGGGGUUGGUGGUGGGAGUGACAGUUUUGGGUGAGGGAAGUUGUGGAUUAUUAUUUUUUUUUAGUAUUGAGGAUUCAGCAUGGCUGCCCCAGCAGCUUGCACGAGGUUCAGUGACAACUAUGAUCUUAAGGAGGAGCUUGGAAAGGGUGCCUUCUCAGUAGUCCGGAGAUGCGUACAAAAAAGCACGGGCCUCGAGUUUGCAGCGAAAGUCAUAAACACGAAAAAAUUGUCGCAAAGAGAUUUUCAAAAGUUGGAGCGAGAAGCACGGAUAUGUAGAAAGUUGCAGCAUCCAAAUAUUGUGCGAUUACACGAAAGUAUACAAGAAGAAAACUGCCACUACCUCGUCUUCGAUCUAGUCACUGGCGGCGAGCUCUUCGAGGAUAUUGUCGCCCGAGAGUUCUACAGUGAGGCAGACGCCUCUCACUGUAUACAACAAAUUCUGGAAAGCGUCCAUCACUGCCAUCACAAUGGAAUUGUGCACAGAGAUCUCAAACCUGAGAAUCUUCUACUCGCUAGUAAAGCAAAGGGUGCGGCUGUGAAACUGGCGGAUUUUGGAUUAGCUAUUGAAUUGCAGGGAGACGCACAGGCAUGGUAUGGUUUUGCCGGUACGCCCGGCUACCUAAGCCCCGAGGUACUCAAAAAGGAGCCGUACGGAAAGCCAGUUGACAUCUGGGCGUGUGGUGUUAUCCUCUACAUUCUUCUCGUCGGUUAUCCACCGUUCUGGGACGAGGAUCAACAUCGGUUAUACAGUCAAAUCAAAGCUGGAGCAUAUGACUAUCCAAGCCCGGAAUGGGACACUGUUACGCCAGAAGCUAGAAACCUCAUCAAUCAGAUGUUAACAGUGAACCCAAGCAGGCGUAUAACCGCCAGUGAAGCGCUCAGGCACCCAUGGAUCUGCCAACGUGAACGUGUGGCGUCUGUGGUGCACAGGCAAGAGACUGUCGACUGCUUGAAGAAAUUCAAUGCAAGGCGCAAACUAAAAGGCGCUAUAUUAACGACCAUGUUAGCAACGAGGAACUUUUCCACUCGAAGCAUCAUCACGAAGAAGGGUGACGGCUCUCAGGUGAAGGAGUCUACCGACAGCAGCACCACAAUCGAGGACGACGACGUCAAAGAGGAUAAGAAGGGCGGUGUCGACCGGAGCAGCACGGUCAUAGCCAAAGAACCCGAAGGCUAUGCGUCCCAGGGCACACCGCCUUCCAGUCCCGCGGCGGGUGCGAUAUUCUCCAGGGUAAUGGGUGCAGCAACGGGGAACAAACAGGCACAGGCUAAUCCGUUAGGUCUCGCCGCUGUGCUACUUCAGGGGGCGCAAGCACGUCGACAGGAGAUUAUUAAGAUGACUGAGCAGCUCAUCGAGAGUAUCAAUACUGGUGACUUUGAGGGAUACACAAAAAUCUGCGAUCCUCACCUAACUGCAUUUGAGCCAGAGGCUCUAGGUAAUUUAGUCGAGGGAAUGGACUUUCACAAAUUUUACUUUGAUAAUGCAGUCCUGGGGAAGAACUCAAGUUGCAAGGCUGUCAACACGACGAUCCUGAAUCCUCAUGUUCAUUUACUGGGGGAUGAUGCUGCCUGUAUUGCGUACGUCAGACUCACCCAAUACGUUGAUAAACAAGGUGUAGCCCACACCCAGCAGAGCGAGGAGAGCCGAGUGUGGCACAAGAAGGACAACAAAUGGCAAAACGUACAUUUCCACCGAAGUGCAGUGACAGGUCCCUCGCCAUUCUCCUACAAUAACAAAUAAAUCAGCAUUACCUGGCUCGCUCCAUUAUAUUCCACAACCAAGUUUUUAACGAAUAGCAGAAAAUAUGCAUAGAGAAAAAAGAGAGAUAUAGAACCAAGAGAGGAAUCGGUUGAAUGAAGGGAUGAGAAUAAAAAACAAAUGUCAUGAACGAGAAAUACGAAAGGAUAAUAGGAAAUUUUUUUCGCGAGGUACUUAAUUAUGAGAACCCUCUGAUUAACUGGAGGUGGGGUAUUUCUGUGACAAAAUGAAUUAUUGAUAAUUUAUUUGUUCCUCUUUGAGCUCAAGGAAAUGUCACAAGAGCAAUAAGAAUAUUUAUGAAUUAAAAUCCAAUUGAGGAAAAUUGUGGGCGAUUUCAUCACUUCUCUUCUACUUCCUGCGUGUCGAUGUGACAAUUUAACCCAUGAAUAAAUUCUGAAAUAAUUCAUUUACUUAAUGGAUAAAACUUGAAUCUCACGUGAAUGGUCAAAUGGCUGAUGAACAGGUGUUUUUUGAAGAAUUAUUUUAUCUUUAUGUCAACGAGAAGCCGGAUGAAUCAUUGAAUAAUAAACGAAGUCUGCUUACGAUUUUAUUAUUAGUUAGAGUAACAAAUUUAUGUAGAGGGGAGUUGAAGUAGAAUGGUCGCCGAGGGUUAUUGGGGAUUGAGGCCCGAUCGAGCCUUAAUAUCGACCAAUGUGCCAUGUAAUGAAGUCUUAUGAUAAUUCGAGUUUCAGAGGGAGGUGGGGUGGAGGCUGCGGAAUUAUUUCGCCGGGGAUUUUUCGUUUUCAUAAUUCGGGAUUUUGCGAGACUGCUGUUGAUGAAGGAAAUAAUUGAUGAUUGGAGUAAAGUGAAGAUUUUAGAUGCUGAUAGGGGUGAGGGUGCAAGCGUAUUGGAAGAUAUUUGAGAAGAUAAUUCGAAAAACUCUGGGCGAGUUUAAUCAAUCAUGAGAGUUAUUAAGGUUACAAUCUUGUUAAUGGAGAAAAGGAGAUGAGUUGGUAAAUUGGAUUUGUUAUUUUCUGACUAGCUAGGAAGCUAGUGGGUUUAGGGAAAAUUCAAAAAAGCUCUGUUGUAGAUUAUGAAAUUCUAUAUGAGAAACGAUUUUUGAUAUGUUUCAAUGAAUUGAAUACAGUAGCGAGGUAAAACGAUUCAAAUCGACUUGGCUCUUAGCCGAGUUUUCGACGAAUAUUUCUGAAUCUAAAGGAGAUAGCGAAAUUUUUGUUACAACCUUUUUUGUAAAGCGAAUUGAGAGCUACAAA